CUAAGCGAGAGACGCACCUACAACAGCUAGGGUUCCCACCACCGCCGUCCUUUGCCCUCAAUCUCCUCCUCUGUUCCCUCGGUACGUUCAAGAGCCUCCGCCAAGCCCUCCUCCCUCACCAGUUUCUCCGCGCGUCGGGGACGCACUCGACGUUGUCGUCCAUCCCCCUCGCGUUGGGGAACGCGUCGCCGCCGUCGAUUCAUCCGCAUGACCGGAGAUGCAGACGCCGGCGUUGUUCAUGCACAAUCCACACAGCCAGGAAAGACGCAAGCACCGACGCCCCCGUCUUCCUCACACUGCAGUAGUUCAGCAGGAUUCUUCUACCCCAAACGAUGAACAAGAGAUGAUUUCUGCACAGAGACAACAAGUUCAGAACCUGUUUGCUAAGGAAAUGACCAUAAUUUCGUGGUCAACCAAAAAGGCAUCUAUUCUUCAUCCCUUGAUCUCCCAGCUAGAGUUGGGGGACUGGAGGCGUGGUUUGAGGCGGCAGUUAACCGUACAAUUUUCACGAAGAAGAGUCCUUAUCUCUGCUUGGGGUGACGCUGCAAGAUCAGACGGAAACAUGACUUAUUAUGGUUCUGAGAAUUUUACAUGGAUCAGGAAAUUCUAAUGUUUGACUUUGUAGUACUCAGAUUACCAAGAUAAAUUGAGGAUGCAUGACUCAGAUUUUGAUUGCAAGGCUAAGAAGAUUUUGAUUCCGAGGCAAAUAAUUUGGCUACAAGUCAAUUAGAAUGUAAUUUUUAGUAUCAAUGUUACAAACAUUAUAGUUGAUGGCAAGGUCAAGAAUUGGCCUACUACUAGAUAGUUUCACCUCUUGUAAUCUUUGGACCAUGUUCUUUGUAAUGCCACAUAUUUUAUUUAAUA